GGGACCCGGCCGGGGGAGCGCGGCAGCAGCGGGAGGAGUGGGCGCGGGGCUGGGCCGGGCGGGGCGAUGCUGUGCGGCCCGGCCCGGAGCAUACUGACAGGCGCUCGGCCAGCAGACGGCGGCCGCCGCGCGCCCUCCUGCCGCCGCAGAGGGAGCCGGCCGGGAGACGUAGGGCGAGCAGCACCGGAAAGCCCCGGCCGCCCCCACACCUGUGCCCUCCGGGGGCGGUGCGUGGGUGUAGACUGCGCUGAUCACCUGAGAUCCCCGCCCCGUGUCGCCUCCGCCUCCCGUCCUCGCCCGGCCGGAGAAGGCGCUACUGCCGGUGCGAGCGAGCGCGUUCCCGGGCGGCCGCGGAACACAAGGGCCGAAGCCCGCUGGCGAAGCGCAGCUAGGGGUCUGCGGCGCCGGUGCGGCUCGUCCCCUCCCGACAGCCGAGCCAAGGCGGGCAGGAGGGCGGCGGUCCCCGGCCGGUAGAGGCUGCAGCGCGGGGCGCUGGAGCCGCAGCAGGAUGAAUCCCAAUGUCACCUACGCCAGUCGCAAGCGGCGGAAACCUGUGCAGAAAAUAGUAAAGCCAUCCCCAGCUGAAGGAGUCAAGUCCAAUCCAUCCAAGAGACACAGGGACCGCUUGAAUGCAGAGUUGGACCGCUUGGCUAGCCUGCUGCCUUUCCCUCAAGAUGUUAUCGCCAAGUUGGAUAAGCUGUCAGUGCUUAGGCUUAGCGUCAGUUACCUGAGAGCCAAAAGUUUUUUUGACGUUGCAUUAAAAUCCUCUAACUUAACAAGACCAGAAAGAAAUGGCGUUCAGGAAAACUGUAGAACAGCAAAAGGUGGAGAAGGGAUGCGGAUCCUGGAAGGAGAACUCUUGCUGCAGGCAUUAAAUGGUUUUGUAUUAGUUGUCACUGCUGAUGCUCUGGUUUUUUAUGUCUCUUCUACAAUCCAAGACUACUUGGGCUUCCAACAAUCUGAUAUUAUACACCAGAGUGUGUUUGAAUUGAUACACACAGAAGACAGACCUGAGUUUCAGCGACAGCUACACUGGGCAUUGAACCCUUCCCAGUCUGCAGAUUCUGUACAAGGAGAUAAUGGCUUUUCACAGCCAGCAACCUAUUAUAAUCCAGACCAACUUCCUCCAGAGAAUUCUUCCUUUAUGGAAAGGAAUUUCAUCUGCAGGUUACGGUGCCUGCUGGAUAAUUCAUCUGGGUUCCUGGCUAUGAAUUUUCAAGGACGAUUAAAGUUCCUCCACGGGCAAAACAAGAAAGGGAAGGAUGGUGCUGUACUGUCUCCUCAGCUCGCUCUCUUUGCAGUAGCUACUCCUCUGCAGCCACCAUCUAUCCUUGAGAUACGAACCAAAAACUUCAUCUUCCGAACUAAACACAAACUGGAUUUCACACCUACUGGCUGUGAUGCAAAAGGAAAGAUUGUCCUGGGAUACACUGAAGCAGAGCUGUGUAUGAGAGGAACAGGAUAUCAGUUUAUCCAUGCAGCCGAUAUGCUUUAUUGUGCUGAAAACCACAUCCGCAUGAUGAAGACGGGUGAGAGUGGAAUGACUGUGUUUAGGAUUCUCACCAAAGAGAAUCGAUGGGCCUGGUUACAGGCAAACGCACGUCUCAUCUACAAAAACGGCCGGCCGGACUACAUCAUUGCCACACAGAGACCUCUGACAGAUGAAGAAGGGGCAGAACAUCUACGGAAGCGUAACAUGAAGUUGCCCUUCAUGUUUGCCACUGGUGAGGCUGUGUUGUAUGAGGUAUCUUUCCCUAUGUUGAGCCUCAUGGAAUCCUCUCAGAUGAAGAAUAAAAGCACAACAGGCAAGGGAGCCAAAUCAACGCUACACAACGACUCGGUGGAUCCGAACUCCCUCCUCGGUGCCAUGUUAAGGCAAGAUGAGUCUGUCUAUCUCUGUCCUCCAGCAUCACAUAAACUCUCCUUUGAGCGCAACUUCUUUGCAGACAGCAGGGAUGAACUGGGUGGUGUUGGCAGCAACUGGAUGGAUAAUCUCCUACCUUCUGGAAAUCACAGUGUUCUCAAACGGGAACUGAUGGAGUGUUCCCAGGACAGUACUGUGCCGCUUCCUGAAGACAGCGCAGCGCUCUUCCAAGAUAACAAAACCAGUGAUUUGUACAGCAUCAUGAAAAAUCUGGGUAUUGACUUUGAGGAUCUGAAGUGUAUUCAGCAGGAUGAGGAGUUUUUUAAAACUGAGUUAGCUGGUGUGGACGAUAUUGGGGACAUCGACAUAACGGAUGAAAUCCUGACUUAUGUUCAGGAUUCCUUAAAUAAGUCAGACUUCUUAUAUUCAGGCUGUAAUGAGCAACAGCCCUUGGUUCAGAAUGAAGGUUGCUUAGUACAGCAAGAGUUAGACCCACAUCAGCUUCAUCAGCACCAGAAACAGCUCAUGGAGCAGCAGCAACAGCAGCAGCAGCAGCUCUGUCAAAAGAUGAAACAUAUGCAAGUCAAUGGCAUGUUCACAAAUUGGAGCUCAGACACCAGCAUGCCUCUUGGCUGCUCACAGCAGCCACCCCAGCAAUAUUCAUUCCCUGGCAUGCAUGCCACUCCAUCUGAGUUCUCUUACAAAUCAGAAGUCAACACUUCUCCUUACUCAUGUAGGCAGGAGUUUACACCUUACAGGCAACCUGCAGCGAUGCUGCCACAGCUCUCUAAUUAUGCUCAAAUGGAUUUCCCUGUAGCAGGUUUUGACAGAUCGACCUAUUCUAAUUCUUCCAACCUCGAGGAUUUUCUCAGUUGUUUGCAGCAAGUCCCUGAAAAUCGCGAGUGUGGUAAAAACUCUGAAUCAAUCAUGCUGACUCCUCAGACGUGCUAUGCAGGCGCUGUUUCCAUGUACCAGUGCACGCAAGAAGCACAGCCCAGCUGUGUGGAUCAAAUUCAGUAUGAUCCUAUGAUGGCAAGUCAACAAACAUUGUCCAAUAAGUUCCAAAAUGGUUUCAAUGGAGGAAAUGUAAAUGAAGCAUAUCCCUCUCAGUUAGAUGUGAUCAGUAAUGCACAGACUGCCACACAUCUUCAGCCUCUUCAUCAUCCGACCGAACCUAGAUCCUUCUCAGAUUUGGCAUCUAGUGGAUUUAUGUGAUUCAGAUCUAGAGCUCCAUCUGUGAUGUUGUCUGGGCGUCGGGCUGCUGGGAGGAAAAGCCUGGCAAAUCUAUCUUUGAGCAUUGGACUGUAACAGCUAAAUUACAUUUUGAGACUAGGAGGCUGGUUGCACUAUGUACUGGUGAAUAUGGAAUCCAAGACCUGGCUUUUUAAGAGUGACAGGUGGAGUUAAAACAUCCGACUGAGUAUGCAUGUGCUGUUUUCCGUCAGACUGUGUCAUUGCAGUAUGGAUUACAUGCUAAGUACUAAAGACUACGUCAUGCUACACAACAUAAGAUAAGGCAAAUGGUUUUGUUGUUUAGAACAUAAUUGGGCACUUUACAAAUAGCAUCAAUGGCACAAGGAAGAUGAUUUCACGUGUGGAUUAUUUCCAGACUUUAUUUCUUAAGAACUAUUAAAAAGCUCUGAAUUAAUGAGAAUCUAAAGCACUUAGUUUUAAUGCAUAGUAAGCUCUUUAAUCACUUAUUUUAUAUUUAAAUCUUUUUGGUUUAAGUCUCCAUUUCUAGCACUUUAAUAGAAGGCUUAAUACAAGGGUAUGAUAUGCAACUUCAGGUUUUCUAUGAAACAGACCCCCUGCAUUCCUCCUUUUCUUGUCAACCUUAAGUGCCUCACAAUUUAGCUACCUUGUUUCUGAUGGGAGCUUAUUUUAGCAGAACUCACUAGAAAUAUCAUCCAUAUUGUGUGAACUUUUAUCUAACAUCUACAGUGCUACUGGCUGUAUUUCUUUUUUUCACCCCCUAAAGAUAACUUGUUUAGAGAAUGACUUAAUUCUUUAUCAGUGAAUUUCUUACACUAUUAUCAGGAGUUACCUGAAUUUAGUUCAGCUAAAGAGUUUUGGUUUAUUCUAUACUGCUUUCCUGCUUUCUUCAGGUAAUACAGGGUAUAUUAAAAAAAACCGCAGAUUUUGCUGAGAGGGAGGAGCAGAUCCUCAGGAUUAGUUUUAGGUUAUUAAUGCUGAAAAACAUGUGCCUUAUCUUGUGUUAAAAUGCUCAUAAUGUUCUUUAGAAAUACUACAAGGCUGCUCUAUGCAAAUAUUUUCAUUAAAAUGGAUAUUGAAAUGAAUUGCAUUUUAAAUAAAGGGGAAAGGAUUCUAAAUAGCAGUUGGUAUUGAUACUUACUUGGACUGCAGUUUGCAAUGUUUGUAGAGGGGAAAGGGUUGGUUUUGGUUUAAACUUCAUCCCUAGCAAAUUGCACUGCAAAGUAAAGAGAGGUUGUUCUUCUUCUGUGUGUUGAUCCAUUGGAAAAGCUUUGUGCAAAAUAGGAAAUUGGGAAAAGCAAAACCAAAUGUGAUUAGAGAAAUUCCCAAUGUGAUAGGUUUUCUUUUCAGGAAUAAAAACCCCAAGAAAAACAAAACAAACAACAACGACAGCAAACACAUCCAUGAAAAUAUUCUGGGAUUUUGGUUUGGGCUUGGGUUUUUUUUUGUCUGAGAGGAUUUUUAGAAUUGCAGACACCAACGUUUGGUGCAAAAGAAUAAUCUGUGUGAAAAAUACAGGCAUCCUGUAUAUGUUCCAAAUAUUUCCUACUCUCGUGUGUUGUAUAGUUCAUAUGUAAUAAAAUGUCUUUGUAAAAUAUUUUAAAGCUAUUAAUUUUAAAGUGUUACAUCAUUAUAUGUUGCAAACAGUUCUAGUGCAUUUUGUUCUAUGUAAUGUAAACUGGCAAUUGAGCCAGCUCACUUAAAACAGGCCUAAAUUGGCUCCCUCCAGCUGGUUGUUAAUACUGUUUGAUAAAAAGACAAUCACUUGCAAUUGGAACCUUUUUGAAGCUGAAGAGCAUAUUUUCUUCCACUUUGUGUGAUGAUAUGAUAUGCUAGGCCAAACUACUAAUUCAGUUACAACUUUUCAGAUGAAUGGCUUCAGCAGUUCUUUUAAGUGAAAUUACUAUAUAAGAAAGGGAUAUUGAGAAAGCAAUUACAAUUCAGGAGAAGCCCAUGAAGAUGUGUGGGUUGUGUCACAAGGUUGCAUUUGAUUUUAAAUAAAUAAAAUGAACGUUUCAGGUUUUGUUUUGGGCACAAGGCAUCAUUUACAGAUGUAAUUAAUAUCCUUUGAAUUAAUUUCUGCUUCUGCCAAUCCAUAUUGAAGGUCUUGUUUCAAGCCAAUAUCUGAAACGUCUUCCAUAUCUAGCUAGUGUGUCAUGUUUGCAUUUGAACUUGGAAGCUAGAAAAAGGCUGUAAACCCGGAAGAUUCAAAGGGAUGAUGUAUGUUUUACAUCUUACAAACCAGUAUCUAUCCUGUUUCUGAAUUUAGUUAAACCAAAUACGUGUUGUCCUAUCACUAAGUGCCAAGGAUGCAGUACCACAGCUGUGCUGCCCUACUUACUGUAGAGACGUUAGUUGUUUAUAUGCAUAUCAGCGUAUUUUGUGCAUUACCUUAUGCGUACAACAUUGACUGUAUUAGUGCACUCUUGAUCUGCACCAAACUGUACCUACAGUGCACACGUUUCUGAAUUGGAUCUCUAUUGGCCCUUCAGGUCUGCUAUAAGUAAGAUUAUAACCCAGUGUUAGUCAGUAUUACUGUCCAUUUUUGUAUAAGUUUUCUUAGCUUGUUUUCCUUUCCAGUUCUUAGCUCUCCCUUGCUAUGCCUGCACAUACCAUGCAGUACACCUCUUGGAUUAAGGUAUGGUUUUGUAGAGUUCUUGCUCAUCUCCAGUAAAGUUUGUAAGACAUAUGGUAAUAAAAUAAUCACUUGAAUGUAGCUGAAAUGUAUGUUCUUUUACUGCAAAAGUGUUUGAUUUCAGCAGUAUACAAAGAAAAGGAGUUAUUGUGCAGUUGCUAAUAUCUUUUGAGAGCUCAUCAUUUCAUAGUUUACAGAACUGUUGUUAUUGCCGUCACUGUGGACUUUGCACUUCUCUGAAUAUUAGAUGCAAAUACAAUGUAUAUAAUUUAGUGUUGAACAAAUGUGUAUUUGUCCAUGGAAUUAGUAUUUUAUACAUGCAUGAAAAUGACUUUAUAAAUAAACUUUGUAAAUAGUAAGCCACAA